GCAUCACUGGUACAACUCCGCUUCCUGCUGUUUUAAAAAAAGAAAGUCUCGCUAACACAAAUGUGACCGCGUUGCUGAAGGGACUGUGAACCGCAGCUGUCGUGGACGGCUGUGAUGUUUUCUUGAGGCCGUAGUCCUCAAGUGUACAAAUAAGUGGUGCGUGUCCUUAUUCAAACAGUGUGAUUUUUUGUAGUACGCCAGAGCCAGAUUGCCUGCCAUGAGUGGCAACAGUUCUCUUGGCAACACUCCGGUGUUUGAUAUCAACAACUACACUUGCAGUUUGGGUUACCUCCUCCUGCCUGCCAUCAACGAAUACACUUGGUCUGUCAAUGUUCGAGCCAUCUUAUACCUGCUUGGGUUACUCUGGUGCUUCCUGGGCGUAGCAUAUGUUGCAGAUAUUUUUAUGGCUUCCAUAGAAAGAAUCACAAGCAAGACAAGGAUAGUAAGGAUCUCGGAUCCAGAAGCAGAAAAUGGGUACAGACAGGUGGAUCUUAAGGUUUGGAAUGACACUGUGGCUAACCUUAGUUUGAUGGCUUUAGGAACUAGUGCCCCAGAGAUUUUACUUUCUGUCAUUGAAAUAGUUGGAAACAAUAUGGAGUCUGGAGAGCUUGGCCCUGGAACUAUUGUUGGCUCUGCUGCUUUCAAUCUUCUCUUCAUUUCUGCCAUCUGUAUCUACUGUAUACCUGAUGGGGAAAUCAGAAGAAUAGCCAGUGUUAAAGUUUUUGCUGUUACUGCUUUCAGCUGUAUUUUUGCAUAUGUUUGGCUGGCCAUUGUGCUACUAGCAAUUUCUCCAAAUGUCAUUGAAGUCUGGGAGGCUGUAUUGACUUUUGUUUUCUUUCCCCUUCUUAUUUUGAUUGCCUAUGCUGCUGAUAAGAAUUUCUUCUUAAAGAGAUUUUUAAAGAAGCGUCAAGAGGAGCAAGAUGUUGUGGGAAUACAAAUGAAUGACAAGAUUAAUAGACCAGGUGGAGAGGUGACAAGGCUGCACAGUUUUCAGGACAAAAGUGUUGAUGAAGAAAUGGCUCUACUGGCCAAAGAGCUGGGACGGCAAGAUUUGUCACCUGAAGAAGCUGCAAAUUUACUUUCUCAUCGCAUUGCAUCUGAAGUACCCCACAGCAGAGGCUGGUAUAGAAUCAAUGCGAUUAGAAAUAUGACAGGGGGGAGAAAACUCUUGCCACCUAUCAAUGACACCACACAGAGUCUUUAUGGUCAUAUGGCCAAACCUGAAGAGAAAACAGAAAGCGAUGUAGUUACAGUGAAAACUGACCCAAGUCAAGGAGGUAAAAAAGCUGUGGUUCAGUUUACAGCUGCAUCAGUAGCUGUGAUGGAAAAUGAGGGCAAAGUAAGACUGGGAAUAAAAAGAACAGGUCUGAUGAACAAGCCUGUCUCAGUCAAAGUUGAGACUAUCAAUGGCACAGCUGUUGCAGGUGAAGAUUACAAAGCAUUUGAAGGCACUGUUGAGUUCAAGAAAAAUGAAGCAUUGAGAGAGAUAUUUAUUGAGAUUGUGGAUGAUUUUGAAUGGGAACCUGAUGAGUUUUUCUUUGUUAAAUUGAAAGUAGACGCAGACAGUGGUUGUGUCCUUGGACCUAUCAGUAUUUGUGAAGUUACUAUCAUUAAUGAUGAUGAACCUGGAACCAUUCAGUUCUCAAAGCCUAGUUAUGUUGUCAAGGAGACAGGACUUAAAGCACUCAUACCUUUAGUUCGUCUUGGAGGCGCAGAUGGACAUAUAUCUGUAAAAUGGCAGACCAAAGACAUCACUGCUAUAGAAGGGAAAGACUACUCUGGAAAAGAAGGCAUUUUAGAAUUUGACAAUCAGGAGACAACUAAGAACCUCAUAAUAAAUCUCUUUGAGAGCAAUAAAGCUGAAAGAGAUGAAAGUUUUCAAAUUGAACUGACAGAAACUACUGGUGGUGCUACAUUAGGGAAAAUCAGCAAAACUGUUGUGACUAUAAUCAAUGAUGAAGAAUUCAAUGGGUUAGUGAAUCGUAUUUUGAAUAUGACAAAAGCUAACCUAGAAGCUUUAGAGUUACAUAAAACAACCUACAUGCAGCAGUUUAUUGAAGCCAUGAAUGUAAAUGGAGGCCAGCUUGCUACUGCAACAUUUGUGGAUUAUAUUCUUCACUUUUGCUCUUUCUUCUGGAAGAUUCUGUUUGCAUUUAUACCUCCAGCCCAGUACUGUGGGGGAUGGCCUGCAUUCUUUGUCUCCUUAGCAGUCAUUGGAUUACUAACUGCAAUAAUUGGUGACUUAGCAGGCAUCUUUGGUUGUUUGAUUGGCUUGGAAGAUAGCAUCACUGCCAUUACUCUAGUUGCCAUGGGAACCAGUAUGCCAGAUACCUUUGCCAGCAAAACAGCUGCUAUGAUGGAGAAAACUGCAGACAACUCUGUUGGAAAUGUCAAUGGCAGCAAUUCUGUGAAUGUUUUUCUAGGGCUUGGUCUCCCUUGGUUGAUUGCUGCCAUCUAUCAUCAUGUCAAGGGAAAUCCUUUUAUAGUUCCAGCUGGAUCUCUGGGAUUCAGUGUUAUUAUAUACACAGGAACUGCUGUCAUUGCUAUAGCAGUUCUUAUUGGCAGACGAUUGAUGCCAUCUAUAGGAGCUGAGCUUGGAGGGCCAAAAUGUUCAAAAAUAAUAUGUAGCAUAUUCUUUUUAACGCUUUGGGUAUUAUAUGUAAUUUUGUCAGCCUUACAAACAAAAGGAAUUAUUGAUGUAAAAAUUGGAUAGUAGAUAUAGAAUUUGUUUUGUCAAAUACAUAAUACUUAAUAGAAAUCUCAUUGGACUUAAUCAUAUACCUUUUUAAAAAUUCAAUUUAAGCUCUGUAAUUAUCUAAUGAUAUUCAUCUCGUGCACAUUUUAAAAUUUAUAAAAUAUAUAUUGACAUUUCCUAUUGCAAUUCUAGUAUAAUUUAAGUAUAGGGCUUAUUGUAUAUAAUUUAUUUAAGUAAUGGUUGGUAUAUGACUUACUGUAUUUGCAAUUUAUUAUUUAUUUCUUUUUCAAUUUUUUAUCUAUUUCAUUAUCAUUCCCAUAAUUGGUAUUAUUAAUCUAUGCAUCAAUGUAUUAAGAUUGUAUUUUCAUAACACACUUGCUGUUUUUACUUUUGUUUACUAUUUACACAAAAAAGCAUUGAACUGAUUUCAUGAUAUACAAUAAUGAAUGUCAUUUCUCUAAGUCAAGUCUAUAACCAUAUAAAUGUCAAUAAGUCACUUCUUAUCACUUCUAGACCCCUGUUCAAUAUAAAUGAAUUUGUUUUCAAAACUAAAAGAUGCUAUACAGUGGACUACAUCUUAUUUCAAUAAACAUAAGAGAGAUCAAGCAUUCAUCUGUAAAUAUUUCUUUGUAAUAGUGUGUAAUUUAUUUUUUCUGAUAUAUGACUUUGUUGUGGUUGUCAUUUUACAACAUUUGUUUUAUACAAGUCCUAUAAAUUGUCUUAUUAUAUUUAGGUCAUUAUAAUGGCCUAGAUUUUUUAUUUCUCACAUUUUAUUUGUGAUUUUAUGUGUUUUUUUAUUUAUUUUUUUGUAAUGGAUAUUGGUUAAAAUUGUAAUUAACUACUUUUUUUUUUUAAUUAAAAUUUUCUUUUAAAAAAUUAAACUUUC